GACGCGCUGAAAAUAAGACAACCGGGAGCGCCUCUUUUAGCGAGUGGUUGCCUAGCAACCCCAAGCCAUACGGAAGUCGAGCUGCGGGGGUUGAGGGAAAAUAUUCAUCCGAAUAAGUGUGCAGUUUGACGGGCUGACACCUCCAAGUCACCUCGGGUCGGCGCAAGGUGCUCGGGGAGGUGUGUCCCUCAGGAAGAUCUCCUGCUUGAAGAAGCUUGGCGGCACAGACUGGACACAGGUGUGUGACACAGCAGGUUUUGUGUCAGGUCCUGCAUGCUGAUGUUCUACAGGUGAGAUGUCACCUGUCUCCUUCAUGGCUGGACUGUUGGUGGGCUUUUUGUCCCUACGAUAUUUUCUCAUCACUGAAGACAUGCCCGCCUGGCAAAGACACCAUCCUGGAAACAACAAAGGUGUCAACCUGACUUCCAGUUCUUCCCCUCCAGCCCGGAUCCUGUGCUGGAUCAUGACGGGGCCCAAAUACAUGGAGUCCAGGACCAAGCACGUGAAGGCCACGUGGGCGGGCCGCUGUGACGCCGUCUUGUACAUGAGUUCCGAGGACUCGGACUUCCCCACCGUCAAGCUGAACGUGAGCGAGGGCAGGGAGAACUUGUACUGGAAGACCAUCCGAGCCUUUCAGUACAUCCACCUGCACCACCUGGACCAGGCCGACUGGUUCCUCAAGGCCGACGACGACACCUACGUGCUGGUGGACAACCUUCGCCACAUGUUGUCCCGCCUCCCCAGCCGGGAGCCGCUCUACCUGGGAAGGAGGUUCCGCCCCUUCGUCAGUCAAGGCUACAUGAGCGGCGGGGCGGCGUACGUCCUCAGCAAGGAAGCUCUGAGGAGGUUCAUCCGAGGCUUCAGCACGGGAACGUGCACGCACUCGUCUGCCAUCGAGGACCUGGCCCUGGGGCGGUGCAUGCAGACCAUGGAGGUGCAAGCCCUGGACACCAGAGACGCACUCGGGAGACAAACCUUCCACGCCUUCCCUCCGGAGAAAUACCUCCUCCCACACUUCCAACGACACCCGCCUGGCCAUCUGCUGUAUGAGUACUACCCCACCGUUCAAGGUCCUGGUUGCUGCUCAGACUUCCCCGUGUCCUUUCACUACAUUUAUGACGUCCACAUGUACACUUUGGAGUACCUGACGUACCAGCUGAGGCCAUACGGAUAUAGAUACAGGUGCAAUAGUACAACAUGCCACUAAUGAUCCAGGACUUUUUAUCAGCUGUCAAAAGAAUCAACUUGAAUAGGGGGAAUAACUUUGUUCCACUUUAUUGUACUCUGUUGUACUUUAUUGUAUUUUGUUCUCUGUUGUGUCGUAUUUGGUUGUACUUGAUUAUACUCAAAUGUUCUUGAUUAUACUUGAAUGCACUUGAUUGUACUUUGAUACUUGCAAUCAAAACUUCAUUGUGGCCUUCGUAACACUAACUAACACGACCGCGAAGAACGUAAACCACUCCCACAAUCCUUUGGGAUUCCUUCUAUAUUCCAGAAUCUGCUUUGAAUAUCACAAAAUCAUCUUAUCAUGUGAACCUCCACCAUGUUGGUAGCUCUUAUUUGAUUCUUGGUCAAAACAAAUUGAAUAAAAAUCGUUUACAAAAGUGUUUUUUUGUUUUGUUAAUAUUAGUGGACGUAGCCUGUGGAAGAACCAACUCAUCGCUAGCUGUCAUAACAACAGCUGCUAGUCUGAGUUUUGAAC